GGAGGCCGUGCUUAACCACUUUUAGAGUAAGCCUGAUAAAUAGGGGAACAAUACUACUUUGCUGACAAGAUAACCAUGUCGAAUACCAGUCGUCGCGAUAUUUGGGUGCCCAGUCCCGCCAUAAUACUGCAUCAGCUGCAAUCCAACGAGGAUGUGUCCGAUGAAUCCACCCUGGAAUACCAUGAGGAAUCCAACCAGGCGUGGCGCGAACAAUACUUGGCCAAAAACAUGGCUAGUAUGGGAGUCGGGUUCGAGUUCGUGAACUCAACUUCUCGCUACAUGAGCUCCCUAAGCAGCACCCAGGAUGACGACACAGAGAACCACGUGAUUGGUAAUUCAUCUUCCAGCAUCGUCUAUCGAGCUUGGCCCACCAUCCGAAUCCCCCGUCUCGAAAUUCAGUCUUAUAGUUCCGGGUCGGAUGACGAGAAUCUGAUCCAGCACCUGGCGUAAUCCAAAUGCCAUUUAUUCCCAAAAUUCCCCGUGUUUGAGAGCCUUAUCCGAUUUCCUCGUUUCCCUCAUCAGGAUACUCCUGCCUGUCCCACCGCUGCCGCAUCUGAGCUCCAAUGAAUCCGGACUGGACGCGCGAUGCCCUUAAUUGUGGUCUUUUAUAGUUUGGAAUUAAAUUGCAUUUCAUCUUGUUUUGUUUGCUGCCUCUUAAAUCAAAAGACCUUCGUCUAGGCUCUCUGAACCUGAA